UUUCAAUCAUUCAAACACUCACAAACAAAAUUAUCAUGAAGUUUACAUUAAUUCUUCUUGUUCUCGUCACCAUAAUUUUCAACGCCUUUAUCGUCACUUAGGACGAAAAAGAGAUGCUCCUCUUCUUUCAACUUGGAAGGAAGGAAUUGUUGUUACAAGUGCAAACUCAUCAUCUCUGAAAAAACAGGGAGGUGAUUGUCCAAACGGUUUUUCCCCAUGUCAGGAUGGCAACAACCAAUGCUCAGGUUCAUGUCAGUCUAGCGAUCCAGUUUGUGAUAAUGGUUGCUGUAGAUCAGAUGAAAUUUGUUGCAGUGGUACUGUUAAUUUUUGCUGUCUAGCAGGCCAAACAUGUGGUGGGUCAGACUACGAAUGUAACACACAAAGUUCCCCUACCGACAGUUGGAAGGAAGGAAUUGUUGCUGAAAAUGCAAACUCAUCAUAUCUGGUGAAAAGGGAGAAGGGUUGUGCAGACGGUUAUUCUCCGUGUCCAUCUGCGGGAUGUUGUCCUACUGGUGUAAAAUGUUUAGCUGAUAAAUGCGAUAUUCCAUGUCAGUCUGGUGAUCUAAUUUGUGGUGAUGGUUGUUGUAAACCAG